GGAGGCAGCGAGCAGGUUUCAGGGAGUCUGCCAAGCAUGGCUGGUAUUAGACUCAUUAGGACCCACGGCAGAAAGCCCCACUGUGCAGGACUGCAGCGCCAGGGCCCCAAGCCCCACCACCCGGGGCUAACGCCGAAGCCUGAGCAACUUAGCUUCGCGAUGCCCCCUGUGGCAUGGGGCCCUGGGCAGUCGCCCUGCUUGCUAUCCCCUAAUGCUGGUCUUAGCAGAAAACCAGUUGUUGUGGCACAGGUGGGCCGUGGAGUUUGUAUAGCAUGUUGGGGGUCCUCAGAAAGGAAAAGGUUGAGAACCCCUGUGCUGAAGGAAGGAGUAAUUCAAGGGAUCCUCCUAAGAAUGGCUCCUCUGGUGGUAUAUAACACCUAGAUCAGGACUGGCUGGAGCUAGAUUUCCCUGGGCUCAGCCGUCAUUCAGACUUUAGUCUCCAAGCUUUUCCCUCCUCCUAGGGUAUUCUCCAGGGUCCCCAUGGCCUGGCUAGGACUCUCCCAGGCCUGAUCACUGCAAAGGGGCAGCUUUUUUCAAAAGAGCUCAGCAUGCUCAUUUGUGGCCAGAUGGUCAAGUGCUCAGCUCCCACUGAGGAACCAGAGUCCGGAGCAUAUUUUCUGUAGCACUCCAUUCCCACUGUGAUGCUUAUGGCCUGAUUUUCUAUAAGGCACUGAGCCCUUUUGGAAAAUCUGGCCCUAAUAGACAAAUAAAAAAAGACCGAAUGCUGGUAACUUGGCACCACCUGUUAGUUCGGGGGUGGAGGAGCCUAACCCUCCCCACCCCCCAACCUUUGAAGCAAGAAAUGUUCCCCACCAGAUCAGAGUGCCCCCUCACAUGCCAGAGAAGCCCAAGGCCUCCUGGAGCCAGGCCCUUCCCUUGUUGACUGAGUGAUGUUGACACCCUCUGUUCCACCACCGCAGGAGUGUCCUGCUGGUAAUACUCUGCACAGGGAGCUAGAUAAAGUCUGCCAAGUUCACCGUGGCCCUGAAGGCUGCUGAGGGAGAGACUUGUUGCAGCCCAUGCGUCCCCCUCCAGGCUCCAUGCUGCUGGCAGAUCAGGCUCUGUCAAGGUUGUGCCUGGCUGUCGUGCUGGCCGCUCUCCCCACCAUGGCUGCCAAUGAAGUGGUAUCGGCCGCCUUACAGGACUCCUGGGGGGACUUCUGGCUCUUCCGUUUCUUCCUUAAUGCUGCGGGCUAUGCGAGCAUCAUGGUGCCAGGGUUUCUGCUCAUCCAGUACUUCAAGAGAAAGAAUUACCUGGAGACAGGCCGUGGCAUUUGCUUCCCCGUCAUCAAGUCGUGUGUCUUUGGCAGCGAGGCCAAGUCCGCACACCCAGAUGACAUCUCCCUGGCGGCCCGGAAUGAGACCAUGGAGUCCUCGACGGCCCAGCAGAUCCUCAAGCUGCUCUUCUGUGCUGCUGGCCUUCAGGCUUCCUACCUGACGUGGGGCGUCCUCCAGGAGCGGGUCAUGACCCGAACAUAUGGGGCCACCGAGACAGAUCCUGGUGAGAAGUUCAAAGAUUCCCAAUUCCUCGUCUUCAUGAACCGGAUCCUGGCCUUCACCGUAGCCGGCCUGUACUGUGCCCUGACCAAGCAGCCGCGCCACGGCGCCCCCAUGUACAAGUAUUCCUUUGCCUCACUCUCCAACAUCCUCAGCAGCUGGUGCCAAUAUGAGGCACUCAAGUACAUCAGCUUCCCUACCCAGGUGCUGGCCAAGGCCUCCAAGGUGAUCCCGGUCAUGCUGAUGGGCAAGCUGGUGUCGCGCAAGAGCUACGAGUACUGGGAGUACCUGACGGCGGUGCUUAUCUCGGUGGGGGUCAGCAUGUUCCUGCUCUCCAGCGCCCCCACCAAGCACCUCUCCACCGUCACCACCUUCUCAGGGGUGGUCCUCCUGGCCGGCUACAUCGUCUUCGACAGCUUCACCUCCAACUGGCAGGACGCCCUCUUCACCUACAAGAUGUCCCCGGUGCAGAUGAUGUUUGGGGUGAACGUCUUCUCCUGCCUCUUCACAAUGGGCUCGCUUCUGGAGCAGGGCGCCCUGCUGGAGUCGGCCCGCUUCAUGGCCCGCCACUCCGAGUUCGCGGCCCAUGCCAUGCUGCUGUCCAUCUGCUCCGCCUUUGGCCAGCUCUUCAUCUUCUACACCAUCAAUCAGUUUGGGGCGGCCGUCUUCACCAUCAUCAUGACGCUGCGCCAGGCUUUUGCCAUCCUGCUCUCCUGCCUCAUCUACGGGCACGCCAUCACCGUGGUGGGCGGGCUGGGUGUGGCCGUGGUCUUUAUGGCUCUCUUCCUGCGCGUCUAUGCCCGCAGCCGCAUGAAGAAGCGUAGCAAGAAGCUGCCCGCCGGCGAGGUCCCAGUGCAGAAGGUUUAGGGGCCAUGGGACAGACCAUGCCCUCCUCCCCUCUCCCACUGCAGGGCACUUGCUUUAUUUCUCUUCUCUUCGUGAACCUAUUGAGGAGAGGAGGAGAAACAAUGACUCCCUUUGCCAACUGCUUUUCCUGGACAAGGAGCUGGAGAGGGCUUGGAGGAAGCGAGGUGCUUUCUGGGCCUCCACCACACCUUUCUCCUGUUGCCUUAAUAGGUCUGAGUAUUUCACUUCCCUGAGAUCACCCCAGGAACAGAGCAGGGGGCAGGUCUAGUUCCCAGGAGUGCAGCGGGGUUAACUCCUGCCCUAGCUCCAUCUGGUACUCGGGGCUUCUCUUGAAGAUUAUUUAUGAACAAGGGAGCUUUAUUCCCUGGCACUUUCUUGUCUCCAGCUUCACUCCCCAUUUCUUUCCUCACUACAGAGCCGAUAGUAAGAGAACGGCAAGAAAACACUAUCAUUUUUCUUUACAAAUACGUAUGAUUGAGAGAGAAGCUCCAGUCUCAGCCUGCCCCAGCAGCAGGUGGUGUAGGGAGCAGGGCAGGAGUGCUGGCUGGACCGGGGGGCAGCUCUCAGCUACAUCAGUCCCUGCCUUUCCCAGCAGGAGGCGUUGUAGGGAACGGGGCAGGAGCAUGGGGCCUCCCUAGCUACAUUGCUACACAGCAGCUCUUUUACCAGCCCUGGUAUGCAGUCUGGAUUUGUGGCAGGUGCCUCUUGAAGAGUAGCCUUGUCCUUGCUGGCUUGGCAGGUCAUGCACUACGCUGCCCCUGCUGGGAGCCUUCUCCAUUUCUGUCUCCUGGCCUGGCCCUUCUGCUCCAUUCUGUUCGCGUUUUGUGCUGCUUUUCCUUUCUUGUUUACGUUUACUCUUGUCAUAGGUUUGAACUAGAACUCCCAGGAUCCCCUAAGGGCGCUUUCUGCUCUCUGGCUUCGGGGAUUUAUAAUUGGCUCCUGCCCUUCAGAAAAGCACAAAGAUCCCCUUCCUGGGAUAUCCCUCCUCGUUUCUCCUUUUUCCUGCCAGCAGGAGGUGCCAGCACCAGCCCACUCAGCAGCCUAGCUAGGGCUUUGUGGUACGCAGCGGUCCCGGAGACAGGACAAAGCCCAGCCCAGCUCAGGUUCCUUUUCCCUGCACAUGGCUGUUCUCAAUCCUGGAUGCAGGGAGCCACUUGCCCUGGCUCCACCUCGGGAACCUGGGUUUGACCCAGUAACGGUUUUGUUUCCAAACAGACCAGGCCCCCCCAUCUGCUAGGGGAAUGGUUUGGGUACUUUUAAAAUGCAACUUGGUCUCUUUUUAUUUUAUUAAAUUAAAAAGCUGCUGCAAACAGUG